GUCCCAUUACUGCAUAGAGCUGCUCGGCGUAUUCCCUUGAAUAGGCCUUACCCUCUCUACAUCAUAUAUCCCCGUUUAUUCCUACAUUCGGCCAGAAAUAACAUGCCGCAAGAACCUGAGAUCUUGUUGAAGGAGGAUUUGCCGACGUCGGAGGCAAAGUGGGUUUCACUGAAAAAGAUAUACUGGAGUGACCAGGACGGCAAACAGAGAACUUGGGAAUGCGCUGAGCGGACGACACGAGCAUCGUCGGGAGUUGAUGCUGUUGCGAUUCUCGCUGUGCUCCGCUCCGAAUCGAACGCGUUCCAGCCAUCAACUGUGAUCAUUGAGCAAUAUCGUCCUCCAGUAGGCUCAUUUGUCGUCGAGUUACCCGCUGGAUUGAUCGACAACGUUGAGACCGCAGAGGCAGCUGCGAUCCGGGAGUUGGAGGAAGAGACCGGAUUCAAAGGGAAGAAGGUGCUCGAAUCAUCGCCGCUUCUCGUUUGCGAUCCCGGAAUGACCACAGCCAACAUGAAGGUGGUCACAGUCGACGUGCCAUUUCCCGACAAGCUCGAGAUGUCCGCGCAGAAGCUGGAUGCAGGCGAGCAUAUCACGGUACGUAUCGUCGAGUUGACGAAGCUGGCACAGGAGUUGAAGGAAUAUGGAAAGAAGGGCUUCGUGAUUGACGCGCGGCUCUCGCAUUUUGCGCACGGGUAUGAGAUGGCACAGCGGAUCAGGCAAAUGAAGUUGUGAGAGCCUGUAACAAUGGGGUCCAGAAGGGAGACACAGUAGCCGCGUUCAGUGAACCUG